ACAGCCGUAGUCGUCGUCGGAGUACUUGUAUGUUGCCGUUGUGCCCGUUGUGUGUAACUUCUUUCUGGGCCGUUGACGGGGGGAAGCUUGUUGCUAAGGUGUUGUCGUUGCCGGGGUGAUGGAACUGGACAAAAUGGACGAGAACGACUGGAAGUAUCACGGAGAGGGAAACAAGAGCCUGGUGGUGUCACACGUACAGCUUUCCAGAGUUUUACGUCUGCUCAAGUAUCCGGCAGAGGACUCAGAAAACCCACCGCAGACCGCCGAGCAGGCCUUCAGGCAGAUCCAGAACAUCGUCGACUUCAGCUCUAACGUGAUGAGCAGCCUGCUGGGAGAGAAGUUCAUCCACAGCGGGGAAGUGGUCAAACUGCCGCUGGAGUUCGUGCGACAGCUGUCAAUCAAAGUUCAACAUCAAAGACCCGUGUGGCGCUGCGAUAAAGUGAUGGACAUCUACAGCGGCUGUGCUCUCUGUCUGCCCAACCUGACGUCUCCAGCCCUCCAUCAGCCGACACACACUCCUCCGCUCUGCAUCGAGAUCAAGCCGAAAUGUGGCUUCCUGCCGUCCUCAAAACACGUUAGCAAAGACAUCAAAACCAAAGUGUGCCGCUUCUGCAUGCACCAACACUACAAGGUGGCCAACGGGAAGUGGAAGAGACGCAGUCUGUACUGUCCUCUCGAUCUGUUCUCAGGGAACAGACAGAGAAUGCACUUUGCCAUCAGACACCUGAUAGAAGAACCUCAGAACAACUUCAAAAUCUUCAAGGGCGGUCAGUGUAUAUACAGCAGUAAGGAGGGAAGUGACGACUCGUUGGACCUGAACUCUCUGCUGCAUCAUCUCAGACCGUACUUCAUGUUCGGGAACAACCGAAUCAACUGUCACAUGACCAGCAAAGCCGUGCUGAAUGACUUCAUCCAGGUUUUGGUGAAUGCUCUGCUGAGCGGCGGCAGCGGAGGCGGGGUGACGGACAGACGAGGAGAAGGGCGGAGCUUCUGUGAAGCGAGUCUGUUCAACAGGGAGAGGAUUCGCCACGGCUCUCAGGGUUUACCCAGCGACAGCGUCUUGUUCAGGAUCCUUCAGACUCAGAUGUUGGACACUCUGGACAUCGAAGGUCUUCACCCUCUGUACCGUCGAGUGGAGCAGCACCUGCAGGACUUCCCCAAAGAGAGAACUCGUCUGCAGAUCGAGGGUCCGUACAACGAGGACUUCCUGGAGAAGCUGCAGAAAUGUCCGACGGAGGACGACGGCUCUGUGGAGUACGCUGUCAGCAAGGUCCAUCAGUACCGCGUUGCCAUGACAGCGAAGGACUGCUCCAUCAUGGUCGCCCUGGUGCCCAGCAGUGAGGAAGAGGAGGAUGAUGAUGGUCAGAGGCGGUUCAGGGACUUCCUCUCCUCCAGACCUCCUGCGUUCUCUUGCUCCGUCUCCAUCUUGGAUCUGGACCCGAAGCCGUUCGACAGCAUCCCCCGUCAGCUGCGCCUGGACCAGAAGAUCGUCUCCUGCUACCUGAGGACCGGCGGUGCCUUGCCGAAUGGCUCUCUACCGCCGCUCCCGGGCAGAGAGGACUGCACGCUGCUCUUCCACCCCGUGUGAGCGGCCAGUCAGAGCCGGGCGACCCCGAAUACCUGGAGACGAGCAUUAACUGACGCCACGCUGAUGCCUCAAGCGGAGAGGAGAGACGCUGCGUUGACGUCGGAGGUCUAGAAUCAUUUCAGAGACGUCAAUCACAGACGUCACUGCAUCACUUUUCUUCUCCGUCGGCUCUGGCUGCUGCUCGGCAAGAAUAAAAUCUCCAGGAAGUCGUCACUAAAUCACAGUCGGGACGUUAACCCGGCGCCCAGAUGUGUCUGUUACUGAUUCUAGAGCUUUUGUGUCGUCACGGCAACCCGGCAUCCCGCUCCCGUCAGGAGGUGAAUCCCGGCGUCUCCGCUCCGUCAUGACUCGUAUUUAUUAUACAAAAAACUCGCAGUUAAAGCUUCUCCAGGCAGCCAGAGUUUGGAUUCACUUCCUGACGGGAUCGCCGUGGUUGUCUUGGCAACAAACUCUCACCCAUUCUCGUUCUCCGUGGCAACGCCGCCGACAGCGAAGCGCCGAUGAGGAAAAGAAAUGAAAGAAAAAGACAGGAGAGCAGAGGUGAUGGCGAGUAAAGCAGGUCGUCGUGUUUGUGGUUCCCUGAAUGUAGACGGGGCCGAGCCAGAAUGUCCAGGUUGUGUCUGUGUCCUCUGAGGCGUCACCGUGGUAACAGAAGCAGUGGUUACCAUAGCUACAGCCACAGAAGGAGGCUGAUCUGAUUGGUCUGUGUGAGUCUGGAUGGAGGAGGCUGAUUGAUUUGAUGUCAGUUUCUGAGCAGACGUUUUGAAUCUGGAGCGAAGUUUCGGUUCUCUG